GAGGUGGCACCUUCCGGGCUCGCCCCGGCUCUGGUCCAGUGCUCAUUCAGGUACUUAACACCCUGGAGACCCGGACCUCGGCUUUCAAAGCGGCCCGCGUGGGAAGAGCUGUUUAUAUAAACAGAGAUUCCGCUGUAAAUGCGCUAAUAUUCCGCUGCCAGCGCAUGGCGAGCGCCUCCCACGCCCAUCCGUAGGAGUGGCGUCCCUGCCGCCCCUCCGUUCCCAGCCUGCCCUGCCCCCGCCUCCUUCCCCUCCUCGGCCAUGGCCACCUCUGGACGCCUGAGCUUCACCGUGCGCAGCCUUCUAGAUUUACCCGAGCAGGACGCGCAACACCUGCCGAGGCGGGAGCCAGAACCACGCGCCCCGCAGCCCGACCCCUGCGCGGCCUGGUUGGAUUCGGAGCGCGGUCACUACCCCUCCUCGGACGAGAGCAGCCUGGAGACCAGCCCGCCAGACUCGUCGCAGCGGCCGUCCGUUAUGCCCGCGUCUCCGGGCUCGGACGCCGAGAAAAGAAAGAAGCGGCGGGUGCUAUUCUCCAAGGCGCAGACGCUGGAGUUGGAGCGGCGCUUCCGGCAGCAGCGGUACCUGUCUGCGCCCGAGCGCGAGCAGCUGGCUAGUGUGCUGCGCCUCACGCCCACGCAGGUCAAGAUCUGGUUCCAGAACCAUCGCUACAAGCUGAAGCGCGCGCGCGCGCCGGGGGCCGCGGAGUCGCCCGACCUGGCAGCAUCCGCCGAGCUGCACACUACGCCAGGCCUGCUGCGUCGCGUGGUGGUGCCGGUGCUUGUUCGCGACGGGCAGCCGUGCGGCGGCGGCGAGGCUGGCACCGCCGCGGCCCAGGACAAGUGCGGCGCCCCUCCAGCCGCCGCCUGCCCUCUGCCGGGCUACCCUGCCUUCGGUCCCGGUUCGGCGCUUGGCCUCUUUCCAGCCUACCAGCACUUAGCGCCUCCCGCCCUGGUCUCCUGGAACUGGUGAGGCCGCUGGGGGGCACCUGGGGCUACCCUGGACUUUGGAGCGCGCUGUGCGGUUGGAGCAGGGCCAGAGCCGAACACCUGGAACUCUCUCCGGCCGCCUCUCGGCAGCCCCAUCUCCUUGGGCGCCAGGGUCCCCUGGCGCGCCCUCACCAGCCAUCGCGCAAGCACACACGGGGGACGUGUGCCAGAGCCCCCUCCCUCACCUUCCCUCCACCGCCAGCCCCAGAGUUAGAUUUUAUGCUUGGGCCUUAUUUGUAUAUUUUAAAUAGCGAUUUGUAUGGGAAGCAAGUUAUUUUUUAAAAAAUAGAGUAUUUUUCCUCGUAGUUCGAGAAUAAAAUGCGUAGGGUUGGGUCCCCUGCGCGCCUGCCGGGAACGUAGGCAGGAGCCGUGCCCUCCAGACCAGUGUUCGCAUCGCUCGCUCGCCCCUUGACUGGCUAAGUGGGGCCCAGCUCCAGUUGGAUCGAAGCGCGGAUUGCAGUCCCCACACGGCUUUAAGAAAGAUACUUGGGGGAUGGAGGGGUGGUGGUGUCAGGGUUGGGCGCGGGAAGAAAAAGGAGAGGAGGAAGCUGAGGCAACUUUGGGAUUCUUGUCAGCGGGAGGCGUCUCUGGCGGCUCUGGCCCCAGAGUGACUCCGAGGCUCCGCUGGGCUCCCAGAGCUGCUGGUGUUUCAAAUACCGAAAAGUCAACCCUGCGGACCACGACAGGGCAAAAGGAGUUUCUCCAGAGAUGAACCGGCUAGGCCAGACGCCGGGCGCGCUGCACCGGAACAGCCCAGGCCUGGCCGCAAGCUGUUUCCAGAGUGCAGGGGCCAAGUGCUCCAGGACCCUUUGAAAAGUGCCUGGGGACCUGAAGAGCACCGGGGAACUUGUAACCCCUAGUUAAGCCUGCAAGUGCCUAA